AACGAAAAAGCAAGAAAACAAAAACACAACAUGGAAACCGCCAAUCUAUCAACCUAUACUACUGUGUAUUCUUCUGGUCUUCUUCUUCUGGUAGUAGUAGCAGUAUCAUGGAAAGCUUUGAACUGGGUAUGGUUUAGGCCGAAGAAGCUGGAGAAACUUCUGAAAGAACAAGGUUUCAGGGGAAACCCUUACAAGCUGCUCCAUGGAGACAUCAAAGAGAUGUCAACCCUGCAUAAAGAAGCCCAAUCCAGGAAUCUUAAUCUCUCCGACGACAUCGUACCAAGAGUUAUUCCUCAAUAUCUUGGAGCCGUUAAGAAAUAUGGAAAGAAAACAUAUUUAUGGCUUGGGCCGAAGCCUGCCAUGGUGAUCAUGGACCCUGAGCAAGUAAAGGAAAUUACACAAAAGGUAUAUGUUUUCCAGAAGCCACAUGGAAAUCCACUUAGAAGAAUGCUGACUCCAGGAAUAGUGAGGUAUGAAGGGGAUAAAUGGACCCAACACAGGAAACUCCUCAACCCAGCUUUCCAUAUUGAGAAAUUGAAGCUUAUGCUCCCAGGCUUUCAUAAAAGUGCAAGUGAGGUGGUGAACAAAUGGGAGAAAGUUGUUUCACCAAAGGGGUCGGCUGAAGUGGAUGUUUGGCCAAAUCUUCAAGCUCUAACCAGCGAUGCAAUUUCUCGAACAGCAUUUGGCAGCAACUAUGAAGAAGGAAGAAGGAUCUUUGAGCUCCAGAGAGAGCAAGCUGAGCAUAUGGUCGAGGCUGGAGGGUCGGUGUACAUCUACAUCCCAGGACUUAGGUGCUUGCCAACCAAGAGGCACAGAAGAAUGAAACAAAUUACCAAAGAAGUUAAUGAUUCAAUUCGGGAAAUGAUCGACACAAGAAAAAAAGCAAUGAGAGCAGGACAAGCCCGUACGGACGACUUGUUAGGAUUAAUGCUUCAAUCCAAUUCUCAAGAAAUUGAGAAGCAUGGAAACAAGGACUAUGGUAUGACUACCGAAGAAAUCAUUGACGAGUGCAAGCUGUUCUAUUUGGCUGGCCAGGAGACUACUUCUGCACUACUUGUCUGGACAAUGAUCUACCUCUCCAGGUACCCCGAUUGGCAGGCACGUGCUAGGGAAGAGGUUUUGCAACAUUUUGGAGCAAACGAUCCAGAAUUUGAUGGGCUAAAUCAGCUCAAAAUUGUCAACACGAUCUUACAUGAGGUUUUAAGGUUAUGUCCACCGAUUACUGCAACAGCUCGAAGAAUUGUCGAAGAAACUAAAUUAGGAAAUUUAACUAUCCCGGUUGGGGUGCUACUCGUGCUGCCAAUAAUGUUAAUGCAUCAUGACCCUGAUAUAUGGGGCGAGGAUGUGAAGGAAUUUAAGCCGGAGAGGUUUGCUGAAGGGGUAUCACAUGCAACCAAGGGCCGACUUGCGUUCUGGCCAUUUGGCUGGGGACCUCGCAUUUGCAUUGGACAAAAUUUUGCCAUGUUGGAAGCAAAACUGGCGAUGUCUAUGAUUCUGCAACGCUUCUCCUUGGAACUUUCACCAUCUUAUGCUCAUUCUCCCCGGGUAGCAGUAACACUUCGACCCCAGCAUGGAGCUCACUUGAUUCUGCGGAAAAUAUAGUGUUCAUGCCUAUAUGUGACUUGUUAGUCCUUGGGGCAACAGUUUAUCUAUCACCGACAUAAAGCCCCUUGUAUGUUUAAUUUUGCUUGGAAAUUAACGUUAGAUUGGUAUAAAAUUAUAUUUCUCGCGUACAGAAGAGUGAUAUUACAUCUAAUCACAUACUGUUUAUAGAGACCUUUCAUUUGC